CACCGACUCACCCCACCAACCUGUUGACCCGCGCUGCGCUCCCAUGCGCAUCCGACGCAAGGAUCCAGAACCGUUUCCGCCCUUCGGAUACGCCGAGAUGAAGGGACUUAAAAGCCGGAGCAGUUCAUGUUGUCAACAUCAUAAAGGCUUCGAUCCCUCUCUUUCAGAAAACACGAUCUUUACAGUAUCCGCAGACAUACACGAUGCUCCUCAAACUCUCAACCCUCAUUGCCGCCAUCGGCGCCGUGAACAGCGUGCGUGCUGAUUUUACUUUCCUCGACACCUAUGGCUCCGACUGGUCCAACACCUCCGCCCUCCCCGCCGCCUGCCUCGCAACCCUCAACACCACAAUCCCCUGCGACCUCUCCAUCUUCUACACCGACUCCAUCGGUUCACCCACCACCGGUGGUUUCACCGAGGCCGGUGUCGCGAAGUUGGAGAGUUUUUGUACGCAGGAGUGUUUAGCUGGGAUGGAAGCGUUGGUGGAGGGAGCGGCGAGGCAUUGUCCUGGGGUGUAUGGUGAUGUGAGUCCCGCGAAUGAAACGAGGCAGCAGUUGUACUACUACAACUUUUACUGUCUUCGCGAUUCCUCCACAGACGAACUCUGCGCCGUCCUCUCUUCCACGAAUCAAACUUGGAUCGAUGCGGUUGGCAGUAUUUCAAACGAUACCAGCGAGGACGGAGCGGAGUGGAAUAUGUUGCCCGACAGUGUUGUUUGUUCCGACUGUGUUGUUGGGUAUAUUGGGUUGGCGUUGGAGGUUGGGGAGCAGGAGGGAGAAGACUAUGACGGGUUUAACGGCACUGCUGAGUACGCGAGUAUUAGUUCUUCGAUCCAGUCGAGGUGUAAUAUCGAUGUCGCUACCGUUGCUGUCGAGAACGCAAUGCUCGUUUCCGCUUCCGCCACUGCUACUGCCUCUGCGAGUGGAACGGGCUCUACUGCGAGUGCGAGUGCGACCGGCGCAGCUGUUGCCAGCAAAGCCAGUGGAUCGAGUGUCAGCAGGGUCAGCGGUGCUGCUGCUGCAACGGUGAGUGGAUCUGCUGCCAGCGGUGCGGGGGCCUUGGCGGUGAGUUUGGUUGGUAUGGUUGGUGCUGGUGUUGUUGGUGUCAUGAUGAUGUGAGACGCAUACAUAUACCCGGGUUUGGCGAGGUAGAGGUUGAGGUUACACGAAUGGGAAUGGAUCCGGAUGGGUUGUGGGGACUAUAGUGGUUGGGAUGGAUACCCU